AUGGCGUCGCGUUUGGAGUCGCUGCCGCCAGAGCUAUUGAUCCGACUUGUGGAAUACUUCCCACGGCCAUCGGACCUGAGGGCGCUCUGCUUGACAAGCAAGGCACCGGGGGUACCCGCCACGACGCAGCUGUACCAUGACGUGACUGGUAUAGACGCAGUGCAUGGGUGGACGCGCUCCGAUCUUAGCACUACAGUGCUUGCGAAGGCCAAUCCCGGGCUGGCGCAGAUCCGCAAGCUCCGGUUCGACACUGUCGCUCCCGUGGAACAACCAGAUGUGGGCAUCGUGGCUAAGGUAUUGAAGGCUUUGCCGGGCAGUAGCCUCCGGGGAUUUGACUGUAGCCCAUGCACGGUGGCCGAGGAUACCAUGAUCACGUUGAUGAUGAGGCAGCACAAGCUCGUCACCCUUGGUCUGGGUCCACUGACGUUCAAUCCAAUGCCAUUCGUACAAGCCGGCUUGUUGGAUGUCUCUGCUUUCGCGAAGCUGGAAGACCUCGACAUCCCUCAGGUCAUCGGAAGUCAGCACGAUCUUGAGCUGUACCAACUCAUCAUCGAGAAAGCCUCCCUUCGCCGUCUAGCUAUCCGAACCACGACCCUUCGCAGUGAGAAUGCAUUCAAUCUGGACGACGAGAAGGACCACGAUGGCUUGAUUUCUAAGAUCCUGUUCAAGCACAUCAGAGACGCCGGGCCAAAUACAAGGAUGCAACUCCAUGUCCUUAUACUGGACGAUAUGGAUCUCGAAUGGUCAGAUCGCACGUUCUCUCGUUACUUCGACUGGUCUAUGCUGAAAGAGCUGGCAAUAUUGCAAUGCGAUGGUACCGCGAACCUAAUCAAGCGUCUGACCCAACACGUCAUCCAGCACGGUGGCCAGCUUAAGAGAUUCUACUAUGUGUCAUGCACAGACGAGCCUAUCGACUCCAGCGUGGUUGAGGCGUUUCUGAGCUCAGUCGAAGGCUUGGCGGACUUGUCUCUGGUCGGCAUCGACAACUUCUCCCUUCUCAACUUGGAUGUCUUGGCCAGACACUGCAGCACCCUCAAGUGGCUUAUGGUUCUUCCAGACGGCAUCGGUAACACGGGCUGCAUCGAGAUGGGCAUCGACUUGCGUUUCUUCUCCGUCGUCGCCAAAUGCCAGAAGCUUCGGCAAGUCGCCCUCCCCCUUCCCAAGAUCGACCUACCCAGAACACCGGACGGCUUCGCCCUCUCGUAA